AUGUUCAAUUUAUAUCAAAAUCAAUGGAUAACAAAAGAAAUUAUCCAAGCCAAACAACUUGAUUUAUGCAGACUAGCAUUUCAAUUAUGCGUCGUUGAAAAUGAACGAUAUAUACCUGUAUCUCCAAUAUCAUUUACUUCCAUUAUUCGAGAACAGAAAAUGAUUACUCGGCCUCGUGUGUCCCAGUCAGUACGCAAUCAACAAUAUUCUACUGUUACAUGUUCAAUAGAGUCUCCAGAUGAUUAUCUCAGUCAGGACAAUAAGGGUGAUGAUAAUGAUAAUGAUUUUGAUUUUUCAUGGUCAAGCUAUGAAUGCAAUGGUAACGAUAGACAAUCAUCACCGCUGCAUUCUUAA